AAAAACUACACAUUAGAUGAACAAUUUACACGAGAAUGGAAAGUAAUUGUUAUUGUUUCGGAUAAAUUAAACUUCACGAGUUUUUCUGAAGGAGUAUUGGAACGAGAUGAGUAAUUUUGUUCCGAUUCAGACAAAGGCAUCGCAGCUAAUAAAACUCGACGGACAGGAUGACUUCAAAGUAACAGUUUUCGAGCCCACUAAGGCGAAAGCAAGUAAACCCAAAAUACCGAAACCUUCGCUGAUAGGUUCGGAACCUCAAGAAGCAGGAAGUGGCACCGAAACUGAUCCAGAUAUUGGAGACAUUUUUGAUGAUGCACGUAGAAGAAAGCCCAAACAGCAGAAGGACCCUCGCCUUUUUGACAUCAGCCAGGCUCGCAAGGAAGUUAUCAAUUUCGGCAUAUCCGGACUGGACCGUGAAACCAAGCACGAAGCCAAAGUCGCCCUGGCAAUCAAACUGGGCGCUAAACCACCAAAAAAAAUGUACCGAAAUUAUAAGGAAAUUCUCGAGGAACGUAAACGUGAAAAGCAGGAUGAGGAACGCUCUAACCGGCGCCGGAAGGGGCAAAGCUUCGGGGCGGCCAAAUCCUUCCAACAGCGCCAGCUACGGGUCCGUCAGAAAUCCACCAAUCCUGGUUCGGUUACCAAACACUACGGGGUUGUGAAUCCGACCAUAGCGGACAAGAAGAGACGAAAAAGAUAACGUUGUAAAUGGAGGUGGAAUAAAGAUUGCUGAAAAUUU